GAGAAACCCAUGCAACAACCCUAUACUAUCCUUUUGCUGCAGACAAGGCAGUAAACCUUGUUUCCUCGAUGCUGGCCCUGUACUGCCAUGGAUCCUGCUCCAGCAAACUGAUCUCAGUGCUCUGAGAUUGCUCCUGAUUUGCAGUAAGCUGCCUGCAAGGGAACUUCUUCCCAACUCCUCCGCUCCAUAGUGAUGCUGUGCCUUUACAGUUUGAGGUUCUGUACCCCUCAGUGAUUUAUUACUGUCUAUGAGGUGAGUGGGGUCUUUGUGUUAGCCUUAGUAAUGCCUGUACUUCAGAUGUUAAACGACUUUCAAACUCGGUCUCAGUUGAGGAGUUGGAAAAGGAUGUAAUGGGACCCCAAACAACAUAAAGAACAACAUAAAGAUUUUGUGCCUAUUUAUUAGUUAAUAAAUUCUGUUAAUAAUUGCAGUUCUAAUUAAACAAAUACUAAAGUAUGUAAACUUAACAGUAUAAUUUAGAUAUAGCCAAUGCAGACUUUGCAGUGUAAUGUCUCAAAGCUGAGAACAGCACCAACAAGGCUGUAAAGGCUGCACCAAGGAAGGGAAGGAGGCUCAGCCUUCAUUCCUGCGUGUGUGAAGGGUUUUCCUAUGGGAGUUAUUUGUUGCAAUGGAUCCCAGCCAUAUCUUUUCACAUCCAGAAGUGGUCUGGGAGUUGAUGCUCUCUGCUCCCUUUCUUGCCCCUUCCAGGACUCCUCCUUGGCAGCACAGGGGUUAUUUGCCAGGUACUCAGGCACAGGUGUUUGACCUGCUGAGAUGAAAAGCAAAUGCAAAGAAAUCUGGACAGUGCUGUUAGCUUCUCCAUGGCAUUUGAUGAAAGCAAAUGGGCAAAAUCCUCUCGAGUCUCUCAGUGGCCAGGAUUUCCAGUUAUUUACAGGAAAUGAUUUUCCCUAAAGCCACUGUAAUUGAUUCUUUAGGUGUUAUGGAAUAACGUGGAAAGAAAGAAAUGAAUAUGAAAGUGACACAGAGAUUGAGAAAUCUGAGGAGAUCAGGGAUGUUUUGCAAUGGGGUGAAAUGCAGAGUCAUAUUAGAGCUGCGGGGGCUUGUUGGCAGGUAUACCUAGCAUUACUAAGCCAGAUGGAGGCACGGGGACCAAGGAGAUUCCCCUGGGGCUAUGGUUUAUAUUGGACAACACUACAUAUUCUCUUGGAGUGUUCUCACUUCUCCCAUGAAGAUGUACGGCGCGGGCAAGAUUUAAAGCAGGUCAUUGAGAAGGGUGGAGUGAACUAUAAGGAGGCAGAGCCCACUUCAGUGAGACCUCCUCCCUCCCAUCACUGCGGGAUCCUCCACUUCCCCUGGCAGCAAAGCAGGCGCCUUCGCAGGAGAACCGAGAGCUUCCCAGGCACCUCUGGCCGUGCAGGAGCGGACAUGACGACAGGAAGGAUCUGCUGCCUGGUGCUGCUGACCCUCGGGGUGCUGGCGGUGGUGGUUGUGCUCCUGGUCACCCUGACUCAACCCAAGUGUGCUCCUCAGCAGUACCUGCACGGCGCUGUGGCUGCUGACACCGAGACCUGCUCUAACAUCGGCCGGGACAUCCUGAAAAGAGGGGGCUCAGCUGUGGAUGCUGCCAUUGCUGGUUUGAUCUGCACGUCGGUGAUGAACCCUCAGAGUUCAGGCCUGGGUGGCGGAGUCGUAUUUACAAUCUAUAAUGCAAGCACAGGAACAGUCGAGGUGAUCAAUGCCCGUGAAACAGCUCCCCAAGGCAUUCCUAGUGAUCUGUUGUCUGGCUGUACUAGUUUACACAUCGGUCCCAAAUGGAUUGCUGUACCAGGAGAAAUUCGUGGGUAUGAAGAAGCCCAUAAGCGAUACGGCCGCUUGCCAUGGAAAUCCCUGUUUGAACCAACCAUCAAGCUCCUUUCAGACCCACUGGUUGUUUCCCCAGUUAUGGACAAAAUAAUCAAUCACCAAAACUUCUCCCACGUGGGACGAAACCUGUGCCCAUUGAUUUGUGAUGGUCAAAGGUUUUUGACACGUGGAAAGACCUUCAGGUGGCCAGCACUGCAGAAGACGCUGAAAAUCUUGGCAGAAAGUGGAGCUACAGCAUUUUAUGAGGGAGAGAUAGGAAAGGCCCUGGUGGAAGACAUUAAGAAAGUUGGGUCUGUUAUCACAAUGGAGGACCUUAAGGCAUACAAAGCAGAAGUAUCCUCAGCUCUGAACAUUACCCUGAACAAAAACAUCACAGUGUUUUCUCCUCCUCCACCCAUGGGAGGUGCUGUGCUCCUGUUCAUCCUCAAGAUCCUGGAAGAGUAUAAAUUCCAUCAGGCAUCCUUGGCAACACCAAAAGAAAAGGGAGAAACCUACCAUCUCAUUGCAGAGGUCUUGAAGUUUGGCAAUAUGCUAAAACCAGAGAUGAAAGACCCAACCUUCUCUGAAGCUAAGGCAGUUGUGGCAAUGAUGCUGUGUAACAAGACUGCUGAGCGUGUCAGAAGCAAAAUAGAUGCCCGUGGUGACCAUCCAGUCGACCAUUAUAACUUCUCGAAGUUUCUCUCCAACUGCAACUAUGAAAGUAAAGGCACAAGCCACAUCUCUGUGCUCGCUGCAGAUGGCAGUGCUGUGUCCGCCACCAGCACCAUCAACUUCCCGUUUGGCUCCUUCGUUUAUUCCAACCAGACUGGGAUCAUUUUGAAUAAUGAACUUGCUGAUUUCUGCACAGGAAAGAGUAGUAUUCGCGCCGGAGAGAGGCCUCCCUCAGCAAUGGUGCCUUCUAUCCUCAUCUCCAAGUCAGGAGACAUGCUGGUGAUUGGAGGGGCAGGUGGGGACUGGAUUAUCAGUGCUACUGCUAUGGCCAUUAUAAACAAGCUGUGGUUUGGUUAUGACUUGGAACGUGCCAUUUCAUCUCCCAUCAUGCAUACCAACAAAGACAGUAUCCUGUUUGAGGAACACUUCAGUCAGGAUGUUAGGAACAGCCUGCUGAAAAGAGGACACAAAGAACAGAAAGUUGAAUUCUCAAUGAAUGUCGUGCAGGGAGUUUCCAAGGAAGGAAAAUGCAUCUCUGCUUACUCUGAUAAAAGGAAGCUGGGGAAAUCAGCUGGGUAUUAGCAUGAAAUGCCAUCACAACGUCUCUAUGCUAGUCAAAACCACAGGAGAUAACUAGAUUCAGAUUCGUGCAUCUUCCACUGCUGCUGGAGAGCCUCAGUUAAGAACAGAAUUGGUUUCUUUCAGGCUGUUGCCAUGAUAAGCUUCUUAUUACCGGGGCUCAGCAAUGUGAAGUAACUGAGUAACUGUAAGAAACGUCUAAUAUAAUGUAUACGAUUACAUUUGGGCUUCCAAGGUGGGUUUGGAAAGAGAAGAAAGCAAAACUUUGUGUUCUACCUCUUGUUUUUCCCAUCCUAAGGAGCCCUACUUUUCCCAAAGAAUGGCAGAAAAAAGCAGUGCACCAUAGCACUAGCUUGCUGCCAAGCAUGUUCUCUACUUUGAAGACAUAAUGGAAACCAUAAGCUGAAGCCUUAUUCAACCCUGCCUACUGGUCACCUGAAGUCUGAACCUUCUAUGGGGCAAUGUGAAGUUGCUACUCCUGGGAGGGAGAGGCCUCAGCUUCGCUCCUUGAUGACACCUCUCCCUGCAGUAGGAGAGUCCCCAUCUAUGCCUAGUCCCCAUCUAUGUUCUUCCUCCUCAGUGCCUGCAGAAGAUAAGUAGUUUGGGAAGGCAGGUGAAGAUAGAAGUUGAAGAAACACUGUAUUGCUUUUGAAGCUUUACAACUUUCUUCAAAAUGUAAAGGAUAUAUAAUCAGAAGACUUAUUUUGUAGGCAUGAGCUUCUGGCCAGGCGAACACCAAGACUGCUGAAAAGUGCUGAUGCAGUUUUACAUGCUCUAAUUCUCUGUAUACCACAACUAGUCUCAGUGUUCCCUAAAGAUGACAAGAAUGAAAUUGCAUGACUGUUUGGGAGCUUCUGGAGGAGAGACCUGAACCCAUUCAUCUGGACACACGAGGUCCUUCACCAUUACUCCGUAACCUUGCCCUGCUUAGGAUGGCCAAAGGAAUCUAAUGUUAAAACAAGUAUAAACAUCUCACAACACACUUCUCAAAUAACCAACAACUUCCGUUUUCUGAAAGCUCGUGAAUUUUACUUUCCUAUGGAUGCAGACAGUAUUGUAUGAGUGUUUCUGACAGCAAAGCUAAACCAGGUAGGCACUAGCAGAGCCCCUUCUCCUCCCCCCAUGAUAACUGUCACCUCCCACACAACCCUUGGUAUUUCAACUACACAAACAACAACAAAAAAACCUUCCUCUGUAGCCACCAUACCAAGUAUUUGAGCACAGACAAUUAAAGCAAACCCAAACCAGACCAGCCACAUGCACUGCUGUAAGCAAAGCGAGGUGAGGAAUGAGUCUACAUUCUUCUGAACAAAUUUUUGUCAGUAAGUCAUUGACUCGUUGAAAUCUUGGCCUUCAGAUGAAUUUUAAUGAGUGAAGCUGCCUGGAUCCAGACAGAGUAGCCAGACUGGAUCCUGGCUUUAGCAAGAUCUGCAGUUAUUUCUAGCUAUAGACCAACUGCUUGGAGCUUACAGAAAUGCACCCAAAAUGGCACUGGCUAAAGGCAGUUCUUGCUUUGCUAUUAAGCCAUGCCAAAUCACGUCUCACUUCCAGAAACACCAAGCCACAAAGCAACUGAUCCUCCUAAUUCCCUUCACUUCUUAUGUACCAAAGGGUAAAGCACACCUCAGUUAUCCAGCCAAUGCCUCGUAUCGCCUUUCCAGUUACACUGCCAUCACUGCUACGUCUCACAGUGAAGCCAUGGGAAUAUUAUCUGCAGACCUGCACUCACUGCAAUUUAAAUGCUUUGCUAUUAACAUUGAAACUGAGCCAAUUAAGUAAGUUUAGAACCUAUCACAGAUUUCAUUUGCAAGACAGAAAUGAAUGCAUGCAGAUCGCUCACUGUGGCAGUCCUGCAUCCCUCAGUGACAAACAAAACACCUUGAGAAGCUGAGGUCUGUACCUCCUUCUGGCCCUGCCACCUCCUCAGUGCUGCAGAAACUCAGAGCAUCCCAGGUUCGUCCCUCCCCAUUCAUGCUGAUGCCAACAGAAGAGCAUUAUUUUUAUAACUAGUCGACUUACAUGGACUUUUAAAGCACUGCUGUACAUAGGCUGCUCUGUUUUCUAACAAAGUCUUCUUUAAAUUAUAUUUUUAAUAAAGUGUUUUUAAACAAA